AUGAGCGUUUAAAAAGUUAAAAAAUUAAAUAAAGUUAUAAGCAAUGAUCUAAAUAAUGUUAAAAAUAAGAGGAAGGACAUUUUGAUUACGAAAAAAAUAGAAAAACUCAUUUAAAAAAGACAACUUGAAGUUGUUCCAAUAAAUUUUACAUUAGAACUUACACCUAAGUAUUAAUUCUAUAUUUUAGGAGAAAUUGUAGUCGAUUUUGACAUAUUUAAAGAAGAUAAAGGAGGAUUUAAAUAAAAUCCUACAAAUCUGUUCAAGAUACUUGAAAAAAUGACAAGAUGUAAAAAUCAUUUAGAGUUCUAAACAGCUUCAAAUGUUCCCAUGAUGAAUAACUUUGAGAUAAUUAUAUCCACCAUAGAUAGAGCUAAUCAUCCAAAAGCUAAAGAGAUGUCUUCUCUUCUUAGAGAUUAUCAAGAAAAAGUUUCUCGCAGGUGUAAAUACGCUUCUAUCUUAUAAAAGUAAUAAGAACAAAAAUAAGUACAUAUAGAUUAUGCAUAAAGAAAAGAGGAAAGUUUUGAAAAUGCUUAAAAAAUAAUAGAUUCUGUUUGCCGUGAUAAUCCUAAUUCUAUUUUCUUUUUUGUAAUAAGGAGGAAAGGGAUGUUUUCUAUUGACGUGUUGAAAUCUGGCUAUUCUAACGCCGCUAUCAAAUUAUCUGGAUUUACUUUAGAAGAAUUCGAAUAAUGUAUCCUAAGAGAUAGGUCUGUUCCUAUAAAGCACUAAAAUAAUGCAUGGGAUUACAUUAAAGAAAAAAUGUAUUCUAACUUUCACAAUAAAAACUAUAGUAAUAUUUAAAGAAAAUUUAAGUUGAAAAAUGGCUAAGAGAUGAACAUUUUUUUAACAGCAAAAACUUUUCCACUGAAUAUUAACCUAUCACCAGAUCCAAAUCUUUUAGACCUUAAUGAUUAUUUAGAGUUAAUUUUAAUAGAACCUUUUAUUUCUAAGAUUGAUCGGUUUCAGGAAGCAAAUGAUAUUGUUAUUAAAAAUUAGUAAUAAUAUAUAGAACAAACUAAUAAGUUCAUACAAGCAUUUUACUCAAAGGAAGAAAUGAAGUAAAUUGGGUUCAUUAACACUUAAACAAAACCCCAAAGCCAAAUUAAAAAAAAUCCAAACGAAGCUUAACUUUAAUUUAGAUAAAAUACUAGUAAUUAAAUAUUGGAAGGAGGUCAACAAAAUUAUUAAAAAGUAAAAUAGUUAAGUAAGUAAGAAGAUAUUUCAUCUGAUUGCUUAAAUAUUUAACAGUUUAAAUCUAAGAAUCAAAAUACCGAUUUUAUUGUAAAAGAAAUCUUGGUUACAAAUUAAUUUUCCUAGAAAGAAGAUCAAAUAAAUUUAAUUUUUAAUCCUAUGAGUAAUAUUAAUUCCAUGCAAUAAGAAGAUUAGUCCGAAUUUAAGCAAGACCAAACGUAUUUUAGUAACUAAGCAAACAAAAAUUAAAUACCAAAUAGCUAUUAAUUUAAUGAAUGUAAGCAUAAUAUUUAGAGCAUAAAUAAAGAAAAUAAUAAUUAAAAUACACAUAAAUAAGGAAUCGGUAGUAAUUACAAUAGUGAUAGUCUUGUAGAUGAUAAAUCUUCUAAUUUAUUUUAAUCGAGUGAGUAUUUCUAUUAAGAUGAUGAAAAAAAAGAUUAGUUUUAAUAUGAAGAUUCCACAAAAUAUCUAAAUUAAUAAUAUUUAAAUAAUUUUUAUAGCAAUGAUUAAAAUUGUUUUGACUCUAAAUACUGA